GCGUCACAAAAGCUUAGCGGUAUGAUUGAAAUUUUCAUUACUUCCCUAAUUGGAGAUAGUACUGAACAAACUACUAACUGUAGAAUUUUUAGUUUCUGUAGAUAUUUGUAUGUUAGUGGUAAUACGUUAGUGUUAAUUGAUCUGAAUAUGUAUAUAGCCAUAGCAUUGAGGGUGGUACCGCUAAGGCAGAGUCUGAGUCUGUAUGUGUGUCGCACCACUAGUUUAGUAGGCUGUGUAGGAGUACGAUUGACACGUCGAUUCCAUAUAUCUAGACCCCUCAAUUUCAAUCCUAUAGUUGAUAAUAUCAUUGAAGAGUUAAAGAAUGAUGAUGACGAUAAGAAUCUGAAGAACAGUAGACAGGAUAAAUCUAACAUAAAUCUCAAAGACCAGCACCAGAAUCAACAACGACGAGGACAAGGACAAGGUCAAUACCAAAACCAAAACCAAAACCAAGAUGAAUCCAGAUAUGAGAAAUUUAAAAUAUUUAUUAUCAAAUGCUUAGAAACUAUGGGUAUUACUAUUAGUUCCAUAUCUAUACUUGGAGUAGCAGGAUUUUUAUAUCAUAAGUUCUAUAAUAUUCAUGUUCUUGAUAAAAUGAAUGAUGCCUUCGAGAUGGGAGACCCUGCAGCUCAAUUAGCCAUUCAUAAGAGAACCCAUGAUGAUAAUGCCGAUUCAAAUGAAUAUUGGGUAGAACGACCACAACAGAAACAAUUGGAUGAUAUAAUUAAUGGAACCAUUAUUGGUCGAUACUUUUUGUUGGUAGGAGAAAAGGGAACUGGUAAGACUUCUCUUAUAUUAGAAUCAAUGAAAAAAGUCGGUGGUUAUAACGUUACCAUUUUUGAUGCUCAUGCCGAUCCAGAAAUUUUCAGAAUUAGAUUAGGUAAAGCUCUCAAUUUUGCUUAUAAUGAAGAUUAUAUUGGUUCGUUGUUUUCAAUCAGGGGUCCAAGAGAUACAACUGCUUUAUUGGAUAUUGAACGUGCAUUCAGUAAACUAGAAGAAUUAGCUAUUAGAAGAGUUCAGAAAAUUCAUAAACCAUUAAUUGUUAUUAUCAAUAAUGCUCAUUUAAUUAAAGAAAAUGAAGAAGGUAUCAAACUAUUGGAAUUAUUACAACAAAAAGCUGAAGGACUUAGUGGUUCAGGUUUGGUAACAAUUUUAUUUAAUAGUGAUGAUUAUUGGGUAUAUGAAAAGUUAAAAAAGUUAGGAACUAGAUUAGAAUUAAUUAAUGUUCGAGAUUUCAAUCGUAAAGAAACAAUUAGUUCAUUGAAAUAUAUCAGACAUAAAUAUUUCCGAAAUGAUCCACAACAUCAAUUGACCGAUGAAAUAUGUCAUCAGAUUUAUGAUCUUAUUGGUGGAAGACCACAACAUAUAACUCAAGUGGCAAGACAUAGAGACAUAAUACGUGCAUGUCAUGAAAUAAUAGACCGUGAAAAAACAUGGUUUUUAAAUCAAUGUGGAUUAUUGGGAGAAGCAAUGGAUGAUGAUGUUAUGGAAUCAGGUAAAUUUUCUACUAGUGCUAUGUUACUUAUGAAAGAAUUUGUUAAAAUGGAUAGAGAAAGAAUGAAUACAUUGAUUACAGAUAGUGGAUCUGAUCAUUCAAGAUAUCGAGAUCAUCAAUUACCUGAAUUACCUUUAUGGAGAAGUAGACAGAUAAUGACUAGAAAUGAUUAUAUUCAACAGUAUGAUAAUCUCAAUAUAUUUACUAUAGAUUCAGAAUCAAGAGUUCGUGCAGAUUCUGUUCCCAUGAUGCGAGCAUUUCAUGAGAUUGCAUCUCAACCACACUUUGAAUCGUUAUUAGAAGAUACCAUACAACGAGUUGCCGACAUAGAAUCAUUAGGGAGAACUCGAGAAAUUGUUGCCAAAGACUUAAACUUAGGAAGUCAUUAUCAAAUAUCGAAAAAGACUAAGGAUGAGUUUGAAGUGAAAUUACGACCAAGUGAAAAGGAGAAGAGAGUUCAUGGAGAUUUUGAAACUCUAAGAGAAGAUGAUGAUGACGAUUGUGAUGAUGAAGAUGAUGAUUUAUAUAUGGAAGAUAUAGAUAGAAGAGAUACUAGAAAAUGGUGGAAGCGUAGAAUGAAGGGAUUUGAUCAGACCUAUCUGGCCUACCCAAGUCCCACCACUACCCAUCCUGAAGAUGAUCAUGAACUGUAUUAGUAUGUAUUGAUUAAGUAAUUAUUUAUUAAUUCACAAAAUCGGUGGUAUGCUUUUUGCAACCGAACCUUCACGUGAGUCAUGAAUACUCGAAUUUCUUUUGAGUUACCGCAUUGGGAAAAUUAAGCGGAUGAUAGAUUUUCUAAUUGUCUAUAUAAUUUGUAAUCUUA